CCCAAGUGUAUCAAUACAAUAAUCUUUUCGACCAAGGCUAUCUCGAUAUGACCAAUCUAUCAGCCCCUGACGAGAGGUUCACAGUUUUCAGCGAUCGCCAGAAGAUCUUUCUUACCAUCAUCCUGAGCCUUGCUAACCUUGCGUCUCCCCUGGCUGCCACGAGCUACGUCCCACUACUGCCGCUCUUAAGUAGACUCUUUUCUACAAGUCUAGAAGCCAUAAAUCUUAGUGUCACUGUCUACGUGAUAUUCCAAGCGAUAUCGCCAUCUCUGUUUGCCCCUUACGCAGACGUCCACGGUCGCCGUCCUGUCUUCCUUAUCACAUAUUGCCUGUUCACCCUCGCAUCUCUUGGCCUCGCCCUCAAUGGUACUAAGUCAUACGCUGGACUUCUAGUACUGAGGGCGCUGCAAAGUCUAGGUGCUAGUGCUGUACUCAGUCUCAGCUAUGGCGUCGUGGCAGAUGUUGCGAUACCCUCAGAAAGGGGCAAGAUGCUGGGUCCGAUCGGGGCAAUAGGAAACCUUGGAGUUUGCAUUGGACCUGUAGUGGGAGGAUCAAUUGCCUUCGGAAGUGGAAAUGUUAAGUGGGUAUUCUGGUCUUUAGUGAUCUUUGGAGGUGCGAUGACCCUUGCGACUGGCCUAGUUUUUCCCGAGACUGGAAGGAACAUUGUGGGAAAUGGUGGCACACCUCCCACGGGUUGUUACCGAACUUGGUGGCGGGCUCUCUUCAGUCAGGAAGAAGGAAAUGAUGACGAAGCUAUCCCAAGUGCUAGCAAUAACGUCUUCGUUGUUGAGGCCCCAAGAGACAAAGCGAUACAACAUCGCUGGACGGUCUUGCUCCCCAAAAACCCAUUUUUCGGGAUUCGAAUUAUAUUCUACAAGGACGCAGCUUUGGUUUUGUUUUUGAGCUCUAUCUUCUAUGCCACAUACUAUUGCAUCCAGGCGUCUAUUUCAGUAAUUUUUGAGUCGACCUACUCGUUUAAUGCUCUUCAAGUUGGGUUGGCAUACCUCCCAGGGGGCCUCGGAUGCAUCAUAGGCGCCACCUUCACUGGCAGUUUUAUGGAUCACAACUACAGAGUUACGGCUAAUGAAAUGGGACACGAGGUUGACAAGAUUAAAGGUGAUAACAUGAUGGAUUUUCCAAUUGAGAGAGUGCGCACAAGAUUCUGUUUGCACUUUUUGGUUUUAUACACAGCAGCAUUUGUAGGAUAUGGGUGGGCUGCCGAAACACAUACUCACUUCUCUGUGUGUCUCAUAUUACAAGCUGUUUUGGGACUUUUUUGCAUGCUCUUCAACAUCGUAUCACAAGCUCUCCUUAUCGACAUCUUUCCUGCAAACUCCAGUGCAGCUGCUGCUACAGGGAAUCUUGCGAGAUGUAGCCUCACGGCAAUUCUCAUAUCUGUACUUCAACCAGGUCUUGACAAAAUGGGUCGAGGCUGGUACUUUACACUGCUAGGCUUACUCAGUGGCCUUGGUGGCAUUGUGGUCGUUCUCCUCAUACGCUCAAGGGGACUACAGUGGCGAACUGAGAGGACAAAAGGGUCCCAAGAAGCCAAGUCUCCCGAUAGUCCUCGUGGUAGCAACACUAAUGUUUUGGACAUUAAGCAUUCACUAGAUGAGAUAAAGCACAGUCAAUCUCAGGAUGUUUGUGAUGUCGAGAAGGCCUCCUAGUCGUAUUAUAG